CUGGAGGAUGGAGUCGGGGUGGUGGGGAGCUGGCAGACCGUGCGUGUCCCCGGCAGCGAGAACGAGCUGCGCCUCACCGAGCUGGAGCCCUCCAGCCUCUACGAGGUCCUGAUGGUGGCCAGGAGCUCUGCUGGAGAAGGCCAACCUGCCAUGUUGACCUUCCGCACCAGCAAAGAAAGAACCUCAUCCUCCAAGAACACCCAGGCCCCCUCCCCACCCGUGGGUGUCCCCAAGCACCCUGUCCUUCACGAAGGGACCAAGAAUUUUGGAGUCAUCCUUCCAGACCUGUCUCGCCACAGCGGAGUUCCAGAAGCUCCAGACAGACCCACCAUCUCCACGGCCUCCGAGUCCUCCGUCUACGUCACGUGGAUCCCCCGGGCCAACGGGGGGUCCCCCAUCACUGCCUUCAAGGUGGAGUCCAAGCGCCUGGGCCGCAACGGCGACUGGCUGGUGGCCGCCGACAACAUCUCUCCUUCCAAACUCUCCGUGGAGGUUCGGAACCUGGGGCCAGGAGAGCUGUAUAAAUUCCGUGUGAUUGCCAUCAACACCUACGGGGAGAGCCCCCGCAGCGCCGCCUCCCGCCCCUACCAGGUGGCCGGCUUGAGCGGCCGCUUCUCCAGCAGGCCAGUGGCAGGACCUCACAUCGCCUACACCGAGGCCAUCAGUGACACCCAGAUCAUGCUGAAAUGGACGUACAUCACCUCCAGCAACAACAACACUCCCAUCCAAGGGUUCUACAUCUACUACAGGCCCACGGACAGUGACAACGACAGCGACUACAAGAGGGACAUUGUGGAAGGCACCAAGCAGUGGCACCUGAUCAACCACCUCCAGCCAGAGACUUCUUAUGACAUCAAGAUGCAAUGCUACAACGAGGGGGGGGAGAGCGAGUACAGCAACGUCAUGAUCUGUGAGACCAAAGUGAAACGGACGCCGGGCGCGUCCGAAUACCCGACCAAGGACCUGAGCACUCCACCCAACCCUCCUGACAGGCUGGGGAGUGGAGGUGGACCUUCCACCGGCCCCGUCCGGAGCGGGGACAUGCUCUACCUGAUCGUGGGCUGUGUCCUGGGAGUCAUGGUCCUCAUCCUCAUCGUCUUCAUCGCCAUGUGCCUGUGGAAGAACCGCCAGCAGAACGUUCUGCACAAGUAUGACCCUCCUGGCUACCUCUACCAAGGGGAGGACAUCAACGGGCAGCUGGUUGAGUACACGACCUUGCCUGGCACCAGCAGAGUCAACGGCAGCAUCCACGGGAGCUUCCUGACCAACGGUGGCCUCAGCAAUGGUUGCCCCCACAUCCACCAUAAAGUUGGCAAUGGAGUCAAUGGGAUCAUGAAUGGAGGAGCUGGGCUCUACCCUGGGCACAGCAGCUCCCUGUCCAGGGCACACGUGGACUAUGAACAUCCCCACCACCAUCUGAACGGUGGUGGGAUGUACGUGGCUGACCCCCCAGAGUGCAUCAGCUGCAGGAACUGCAGGAACAACAACAGGUGUUUCACCAAAACCAACGGGACCUUCGGUGGCAGCUCGCUCCCCGUCGUGCCCAUCGUUGCACCUUAUCCCCAGGAUGGUCUGGAGAUGAAACCUCUCAACCCCCACGUCAUGGUGGCCAUGUGCUUGGCCUCCAGCAGCCCGCAGUGCGGCCUCGGGGUGGAGGUGGACGGCAAGGAGGACGUGGAGCAGACCUCCAGCCAACAUCUCUGCUGUGGAGAAGGCAGGAACAGGCUCUCCAUGGAUGACGUGGAUGGCGACAACCACCAACCUUCAGAAACAUCAACCCCCCUUUUGAGCUGGAGCCCCCUUCUCCUCCAGCCCAUCCCAAAGGAGAAACCCGGGCGGACUUCACCUGGAGUCACCUUCCAGAGCUCCGGGGACCUCGGGCAGCUCCAGCUGCAGGAGACCUGA